GGAAACCAGUAUUCGUGGAGCGCAGCAGUCUGCAGCCAUCUGGAAAGGCGGGAACCGUUUCCUGCCGGACAACGGGAAAAGAGCGACUGUUCGUGUCUAACCUUCGCGGAGAAAGCUCUGAAGCUUUCUCGGGAGCGGAUGGAAAAUGGCUUCGGGGGAGAGUGCCUUGCAAGGGACGGCAGCAGCCUAUCUUCGCGACACCGCCAUGUUGGAACGUGCAAGGGAUGAGUAUGCUUCAGCUUUGAAAAUGGAGCUGCUGGAGGCACUAGAGAGAAAAAAUGGAAUCGGAGCCCUGGACGCAGCACACAAGAGGCUGAAGCAACAGUCGUUGUUGAGCCUCGAAAGCGAUCCCACGAUGCAGACGAAUAUAAAAGCUCUUCAAGAACAGCUGUCAAACAUGAUUGAGUGUUACUACACCAACUGUUGCAUGACUCUCAGUAGAGCUCUGAAGGAACCAGAGUUAAAAGAUGGUGUGGCAGAACCAGGUGGGGAGCAACUCUCGGAGGAAUUCGAAAAGAUAUCGUAUUUUGGCAAGGCGAAACGAAAAGUCGUCGACGGGCUGUCUGCUGCCAAAGACGCAAUAAUGCACUCGAAGCCACAGCCGCUGCACGUAAUCGUGCCUUCGGACAUGGAAGAGAACCAGUACCUGCUGAAGCGCGAAGUAUUUGAGAACAAAGCGUGGAAAGAGGUUGAGCACCUGCCCGUGGUUGUCGUGUCGGUCGCUGGUGUCUUCCGUACUGGAAAGUCCUUCCUUCUCGACUACUUGAUCAGAUAUUUGGAACACAUCGAGAGCCAUGGGAACACAGAGAACUGGAUGGGAGAUCCCAACCAGCCGCUGGAUGGCUUCUCUUGGAAGUAUGGACGGAAGAAACACACACGUGGCAUAUUGUUCUGGGAGAAAAUUUUCAAAGUCAACACCCCGUCCGGCACCGUGGCUGUCGUCUUGAUGGAUACUGAAGGGAGUUGCGACAACACCUCUACCCUUGCGGCCAACACGACACUGUUUUCUCUCAGCAUGCUCCUGAGUUCAGUGCUCAUCUACAACGUCAUGAAAAACCUCAACCAAAGCAUUGUGGAAAACUUACAGUUUUGCGCCAACUACGCCAGCAUGAUCAAGAACAUGGAAGGCCGUGAAAACGACCAAAGCAACCAAGCCUUUCAAAAGCUACUCUUCCUUGUCCGUGACUGGGAUUUCGCCGAUGACAUUCCGUACGGUCUGGACGUCGAUCGCAAAGUAGUUCACGAAUGGCUCCAUUUCGACGAAGAGGUGGAUGCUAAGGUGAACGAGAUGCGAGCUAAUGUGACGGCCAACAUCACAGACAUGGACUGCUUCUUAAUGCCGUACCCGGGGAAGAAACUCAGAUCUGCAAGCUUCGACGGAAGAGUCAGCGACUUGUCAGAAGAAUUUAAGCACCACCUGACGGCACUUGUUCGUUUCCUUUUCUCCCCAAACAACCUGGCACCGAAACUGGUCAACGGAGGAAAACUAACUUGCAAGGAAUUCGCUGUUUUGUUGAAGACCUACUUCAUGAUAUGCAAAGAAGGAAAAUUGCCAGAAGUGCAGUCCGUGUAUAACGUAACUGCGUUCGUGCACAACAACAAGAUAUUGCGGGACAUACAGAAUGACUAUGCAUCAGCCUUGCAUGACGAGUUCCCAAAGGUAUUGGAGAGUGGAGGAGGCCUAGAAGCACUGGAAGCGGUACACAGCUGUCUGAAAUCAGAAUGUAUGUCAAAGCUGGAGAAAGCUCCGAUUAUGGGGAGGAACAUGGAGGCUAUUCAAGUGCAGCUUUCCGACAUGAUUGACUGCUGCUGGACAAGCUGCAGAAUGACAUUUUGCAGCGCCUUAAAGGAAGUCGAGUCGGCACGAGCCAGAGGUAAUCGUGAAGAGGAAUACAAGGCUGAACUGGAAAAGGUACGGGCACAGCGUGCGGAGUUGGAAGAGGAGAAAAAAGAGAUGUCAUUUAAGGAGGGAGAGGACGUGGAGGAGUACCGAAGGCGAUUGAGGGGAGUCGUCAUGAGAUGUAUGGAAAGCCAAGGCGUUCACCUGGAGGAGGAAGACAAGCAAAAACUAGCAGAUGACAUCGUUGAGGAUAACCCAUUCGUUUCGCGAAUUCUUCGUUACAUUGCAGCAUUCUUCGGGAGGAUCCUGGGAUUUUUUAGAGGCAUAUGAAUCUGGCGCCUUACAACUAUACACACAUUUUUAACUGUUCGUUAGAUGUUGCUGCUUUGGAACUCAUCUGAAGUCCGAAAACGAUGCUUGUUCCGCCCUGCGUGUUGCAAAUAAAAGCGGUACAAGAGUGA